AUGGACUGCAGAGUGAGUGCUGGUCAUCAUAUGGAUGUAUAUGCAUCUUCUAUUGAUGAUAUUUUGGAAGAUGAAGAACAUUAUGCGGAUCAGUUAAAGGAGUAUCUUUUUUAUGCAGAAGCAUUGCGGGCUGUGUGCAGGAAACAUGAACUUAUGCAGUAUGACUUAGAGAUGGCUGCUCAGGACCUAGCAUCCAAGAAGCAGCAGUGUGAGGAACUGGCAACUGGGGACUGUGAGAACAUUUUCUUUGAAGGGAGUGACUACCCAGCUCUUCGGUCAAGAAACUCCAGAGCAGAGAGAAGCCAGAAUAAAGAUGCUAGAAGAACAAAUAAAGGAAGGAGAACAACAACUUAA